AUGGAUCAGGACAUGUUGAUUAUAAGUGAAUACCAAAUUGUUCUUGAGUCUGUGCAGGGUUGUAUACAUGAAAGUUGGACUGCUACUGCCAAGCAUCUAUCAGAUAAUAUUCCCUUUCUCUUGAAAUUGGAGAAUUUCAAAGAUGCCCAGGAAGUUCUCUCGACCACAUUGAUGUCACUUCCAAUCAACUUCUGGGAGUUUAUUAAGUGGGUUGAAGAAUUUAGAAGACGAGAAGAGGGGGCUUCAGUUUUGAGCAAAGAGAUGAGAGGACUUUCUGUCAAGGAUCAAGUAUUGAGUCAAGUUCAUGAGACUGAGCUAUAUAAACAUGUUACCAAGUGGCUGUCAUCUCAAAGUUCACACUGUACCACAUCUAAUGAUGCUUCUUGUUGUAAUGGAAUUUAUCCAGCUAUCAAUGAAAUUGUAACUGUUCUAUUAUUGGCUUUGCCUCCAUCUACAUGGUCUGGUCUUAAAGAUGCGGAGUUGUUGAAGGAAAUUUAUAGUCUUGUAUCAAUUGACAGUCUUCCCCUUUCACUUCAAGAGGAGGUUAGAUAG